AUGUCAUCUUUAUUCUCAAGCAGCUUCCCCGCUUUCCUCAGACCUCGCGAUGGACGGAAUCAUCUCAGCUAUGCUCCCAUCGAUCCGUUCGAUCCUCCGGGCAGUAUGAGCCAAGAAGCCACGACCACCGCCAUCACCACCAUCACCACCCCAGCAUCCUCUUCCAUCGCCAGCAAUAUCACAACCAAAGCAAACCGAACACCAACUCCAACAGCAUCGGCAUCUGCAACAGCCCGAUUCGAUGACCCUUACGAUCCAAAGCUCCCCAUCCUCGAGCCCCCGCCCACCGACCCCUGGAAAGACAUCGCCCUCCCUCCAUCGCUGCCCCCGGAGGAUAUUCUGACGAGAAUGUAUGGUCCCCAGGGACCGGAGUGGUUGCAGCAGCCGCAGCCGCAGCCGCAGCCGCAGUGUCCACUGGGGCAGACGCAGGCGCAGAUCCCGCAGGCGCAGCCGCAGCAGUGGUAUGAGCCGCGCGCGCAAUCGUUGGUGCAGUUUCAUCCUCUGGGGCUUUCGGGUCGUCGGCAGCAGUCGCAGCAGCACUAUUACCAACAGCACGAGCAGCACGAGCAGCAGCCGCAGCCGCAGCAGCGGGAGGUAGACGGGCACGGGCACGGGCACCACCACUAUCAUUAUCAGCACCAGCACGAGCAUGAGCACGCACCACAUAUGCGUUACGAUCAUCUUCAUGCUGUUGGGUUUGGGUUUGAGACUGGGUCGGGGGCGGGGUCUGCGGUGGGAUCUGCGGCGGGAACGAGGCCGGCGUCGGCGGCGGCGGCGGCGGCGGCGGCGGCGGGUGGUGGGGGUGGUGGUGGUGGUGGUGGGGAUUCUGUGCGUGGGGGUCGGUUUUGUCUUCGGUGUUGUGGGAGGGUAUGA